UAACAUGGUUAAUAGGGAAAUGUUUUUCAUGAUUUCACACGAGGAGGCAGAAAACUUGGACCUCAAAAUUAUAUUGUUUAAAAUUUUACAUGUAAUUAGGAAAUAUUUAGCGAAAUAAAAAAUAAUUUAAAAAGAAAAACUGGUCCAGAAGCCUGCAAACUAGCUGAGCUCACGUGACCUGGCUUUACUGUUAGCCCCUCCCUUACCUCAGCUUUUUUUCUUUCCCGAGGCAGAGUUGGCGGGCGGCCCAGUUGACCAGCAGCACCGCUCGGGGAACCGCUCGGGGAAAGGAGAAGAGCUCAUAGCUAGAGCGCCGCCUCCGCGGGCAUUUGACACAAGACCAUGGGUCUGGGAAAGAGCGGCCUUUGGAGUGGCAGAUCCCAGGGCUGGGCAGGAGCCGCUUCCCGAAUAGAAUGAGCAUUCCUGAGGCAGGGCGUGUCCCCACUCCAGUGGUUCAUGCCCAGGCAGGAAUCCUGCAGCCUUCGCUUCCCCCCUCGGCCUUAUUUCUUAGCGCCACGCCCUGUUCUCUCCCAACCCCCACUUUCCCAUUGCCCUACACUCUGGGCUAGCGGCUCCUUGCUCCAGGGCCGGCUCUCUCCGGAAUUCUGGGCUUCCGACCUUGACCUCUAACUUUGGGGGCAGAGAGAGAUGGAGGUUCUGGUUUGAGAGGGAGAAGGAAGGCUCAGACCUGGAAGGAAAGGAGUUCAUCACCUGGAAGGGACGACACGAGCUGGGUGCCGGGACUGAGCUCCUGGGAAGCGUGUGCUUGGAGAGAGAUGAAAAAAACUGCCCAAUACACAUGCUUCAAAGGGAGAAAAGCUAACAGAUUGUACUUGGAGUCAAAAAGACCAAUGUUCAAAUCCUGCCUCAAACUAUUACUAAUUAUAUUAUAAAUGGGAGAGUGGCUGAAUCAAAUCAUGGCCUUCAGCCAAUGAUCUGUGAGCUCAUUGCUUCUUCAUACCAUCACUGUUUUCAAAGUCUACUUGAUUGUAAAGGGACCCAGAAUUCUAGCAUGAAUUUUGUUUUUAAAGUUCUGGGUUUUUACUUUACUCUGGGAAUGACUAUUGUUUUGUCCUUUGAUCUCAAAGAGGAUCAUGAGAUCAGAGAGAGGAUGCCAUGACAUGUAGCUAAAUUGGAUUUCAGUGAGGAAAGAAUGUAUAAGGGCACUUGCUUCAGUUUCUCCUCCAGAACCCUUCGGGUCCAGUGGCCAGAUAUAGAUCAGGACAACUGGAGAUGUCCCUGGAUUCAAUGGAAGAUUAUGGCCUUUUUAAGGUCUGAGUCUCACUGAGGGUGACUCUUCUCCGUGAUUGGAUGCUUCUCAGACCGGCAGAAACGUGUCUAAACCAGAGCAGCCACUCCUUCCACCAUGUGGAUUUUUCACAGACUGAGGCUGCUUUCUUGGUCCAGCCCGGCUCUCCAUUUCUUCUUCUUGACAGUAGUAACGUUUGGCAUUUUGGCCCCCCUGACCUGCCACCACCUCCUGCACUCUUACUUCUACACCCGCCACUGGCACCUGGAUCGGAUGAGCGAGGAGUUCCUGGAGCAGAGCUUGAAGGAGGGUGAGGCUGCACUCCACUACUUCGAGAAUCUCCAGGCCCACAACUUCAGCCUGCUCCAAGGUGGACAAGCACCUUCACGGCCUUGGCUCGUCAUCACCAUCAUUACAGUAUACCGACAGCCCGAGUUCCACUAUGUCCUUCAGGUGGCCUCUGGCUUCCAUCGCCUCCUUCAGCAGUGCGGGCCCCCGUGCCAGAGUUACCAGCUCUUUCUGUGUGAUGUAGAUUGGAACUCCAGGCACCAGGACGCCAAGCUGCUGGCCAACUUUAUCCCUGUGACUAGCCGGUUUGCAAGCAGCAAGGGGCCGAACAUUAGCAGGGCCGUCUUCAGGAAUACGUUUGAGAAAGAGAAGCAGGACUACGCCUAUUGCCUGGAGAAGUCCCUGCAGAACUACAACCCAGAAUACGUCCUGAUGGUGGAAGAUGAUGCCCUUCCUGAAGAGCAGAUCUUUAGUGUUUUACGACACCUCCUGGAAACUAGAUUCUCUGAGCCUCACCUCAGAAAUGCCCUUUAUCUGAAGCUUUAUCAUCCCGAGAGGCUCCAGCACUACUUCAACCCAGAGCCCAUGAGGAUUCUGGAGUGGUUUGGUGUGGGGAUGUUCCUGGGGCCCUUGUUCGGCUGGGCUUAUAUCAAGAUUGCUCAUCUUCCGGUACUGAACUACCGCAUUGUUCUGUUCUUCUCCUUGUACAGCAUGGGGCUGGUGGAGCUGGUGGGCCGGCAUUAUCUGCUAGAGCUUCGGCGGCUGUCCCCUGCCCUUUACAACGUGGUCCCCACCACACAGUGCUGCACUCCUGCCAUGCUUUUUCCUGCCUCUUCAGCCCAGAGGACAGUGAACUAUCUGGCCGAGAUAUCCUGCCGCAGUGGCUUUGCCAAGGACAUGGCUCUCUACUCAUUUCUGCAGGACAAGAAUGAGAAGGCCUAUGUAGUAGAACCUAACUUAGUGAGGCACAUUGGGCUCUUCUCCAGCCUCCGGUUGAACUAUAAACCCAAAUUGUUAUAAAAUCCCGAGAAAAACCUUUCUGGAUAUUGUCAGAACUACUUCUUAGAGCUGGAUGCACUUAACCUUGUAUUUUGGAUCCACUUACUUUAUUUUUUGUUUGUUUAAUAUUGGGUAGAGAAGGGUUCACUGGGAAAUAGUGGACUUAGAGUUGAAGUGCCUUAACAAUUCCUAACCUGCUGACCAGUGACAGUUGGGUACCAUUUGAAUACCACAAUUCUUCCAUGUUCUCCAUCAGAACUAGAUACAUGUCUUAUCCAUAAAUGACUUCUCAAUUCUGGAUAUUUUAA